UUUUAAGAAUAAAUGGAAAAAGCUUCAAACAACAACAAGUCCACGAAAUUCUCGAAAAUGCUUCAAAGAGCUUUGUCAAUUGGUCACAGUGCGGCGCCGUUUAGUCCAGGGAGAGAUUUUCGUCAGUACCGUACGACGUCGACGGCGAACAGAGGAUAUUUCUUCUCUAGUCCGUUGGUUCCCACGGCGGCUAGAGUUCGGAGAAGUACCAAAAACGAAGCCGUUUUCGCCGAACCCACUUCGCCUAAAGUCUCCUGCAUCGGUCAGAUCAAAUUGGCUAAACCUAAAUGUCCGGAGAAGAAAAUCAAAGCACCUAAGAAUCUCAAAGCGGCGUCGUCGUCUUUAUCAUCUUGUGUUAUUAAAGAAGAAGACAAUAGAAGCUUUUCGAAACUAAAGCGUCUCUUCUCAAUGAGAAGUUAUCCGUCGAGAAAAUCCAACUCCACCGCUGCCGAAAGAGAACAUCCGGCGGCAGCAGUGGAAGCCGUCACGGUGGCGCCUUCAUUGGGUACAAUGAAGAAAUUUGCAAGCAGUAGAGAUGCUCUAGGUAGAUUCGAUUGGAAGCGUGAGCAAUCUCAAUCGGAUCAUCGCCGUGGUUUCUAUUCCGGUGAUGACGAAGAAGAUGUAAUGAUUCCAUGCUCUGUGAGUAUGCCUCUGACUCAGCCAGAGUGUUUGAGUCAAUGUCCGAAUCCGAAACCAAAGAGUGAAGUUAAUUUGUGGAGGAGAAGAACCAUGGAUCGACCAAAACCACUUCAAGUAAUGAAGUAAAAGCUACUUCUUGAAUUUUCUUCGUUGCUUUUUCAAUGUAUAUUUGUUUUAUGUGUCGGAAUUUCGUGUCUGCCACGAUGACACGUUACUACGUAAUACUAAGUCUGAGUUUUGUGAAUAGACAGAAAAGACAGAAAUAAUUCAAAGUGUGAAUAGAUCAAAACGUUUUUUGUCUUUGGUCUAGACUUUUAUAAAUAGCAUUUUUUGUC